CACAGAAUAUGUCCUGGUUCUGAGUGGUUAUAAUUACUUCUGUGGCAAGAUUAUGUGGGAAAGAUAAAGUAUGGAAAAAGAUUAGUAUACAUGCCUGUUAAUCAAAUAUGUAAGAGAUAAAUUCAAAUUGCUGAAGGGAAGAAAUGGAGGUUUUUGUGACAGAUUAACAUCAUCUUCAUACAAUGCCAGUAAUGCAAGAAAUUCUUCCUAUAAAAUAGAACUAGAGCUAAGUGGCAGGAAUGGUAACUUGAGUAUUGGUAUCUACUAUCCUAGUACAAGACAGUAUCAGGAAAAAGUUUCCAACACAAACAUAUCAGUAUACUGGAGGCAAAUUGAGGAGUAUUUUGAACCAGCCUAUGAGAUUUUUCAGUUGGUUCUCCAUGCAUGUGUUAAAAAUAAUGUAUCAUACAUUGGCUUGGAUAACAUAGAUCUGCUGCAGCUAUCAAAAGAUGGGAAUUACAGAAAAUCAUGCUCAGUACAACAGUUUUCAUGUGGAGACAACUCGUGUAUUUCUAUUGAUCAAAUCUGUGAUUUUAGACAUGACUGCCUAAACGGACAAGAUGAGAGCAAUGUGACUUGUGGUUCCUUGCCAAUUGGAGCAUAUUGUAACUUUGAUAGUCCUGAUUGGUGUGGCUGGCAUAAUGUACAAAGUGGAGAUUUGAUCAAAGAUGAUUUGGACUGGAAGUGGCAUACUGGUUCAACUCCCACCCAAGAUACAGGUCCAACCGAGGACCACACAACAGGAAAUGGCCAUUAUGUGUAUAUGCAUUCAUCAGGCGAAACAUUUCUUGAAUUGACAGUGUUGGAGAGCCCUAUAUUUGAUGCUCCUAAUGAGAAUCCAGGUCAAAAUUGUCAGGUACGCUUCCAUUACUAUAUGUUUGGGGGAUAUGUCAGCAAGUUAGUUUUAAAACUUGUACCAUUGAACAAUGAUGAUUUAAAGCCAUGCGAGGAGAAGAAUCGUGUUAUACUAUUUGACAAGUUCAAAGAUCAAGGACCCAAAUGGCUGUUUGCAGCAGUGGAUAUAAAAAAUGUUACAAAAAGAUUUAAACUUCAUUUUAUUGGAAACAUAGGGUACAACAAACAAAGUGAUAUAGCUCUGGAUGAUGUCUCACUUAGCCCUUCAUGUUUUGGUGGGAAGAAAGAUCUGAACAUUACAGUAACUCCAAAAUGCAUGGUAUCAGAAUGGUCUGACUGGACUGAAUCUGAUCUGAAAGGGGUCAGUUACAGAGUAGGCAAUAUUACAAGACCUCCUGGGAAUGAAGAAUGUCCUAAACAUGUUCAGGUUCAAUAUGCUAAAGUGUACAGUUUUGGAUCCUGUAAUAAUCAUGGGCCUAAUGGACCAACCCAGUUCAAAUGUGAUUCAGCCUACAAAUCAAGUUCACUCAAAGUAAAGGUCAUUUCUAGUGGUACUUUCAAAGGAACUCAAGUGUGGACUGUACCUGAAAAUGGAACAUAUAGGUAA